AACAAUAGCGCCACACGAGAAAAACCACCAUUAAACGCCGUUUACUUGAAACAACGUAAUAGUUAGAUGUUUUAUUCUCGUCCAAAAUGGACGGUUUUAAGGACAUCCAAGAGUUGCUCUCUCAACCUAUUAUUAGGAACAUAGCAGAUGCAGCCCUGCAAUUCCUCCAAGGAAUUGCACAGCACUCUCAAAAUGAUAAUCCUGGCUUGGGAUUGUCUCAGCAAACACCACGAAUUUCACCUGCCCAAACUGGAGGUGAGAAUCCUGGAAUUAAUCCCAUCCAAAUGCUGGGCUCAUCUCAGCCAGGAAUUUCAACUGCCCAAACUGGAGGGGAGAAUCGUGGAAUUAACCGCAUCAACAUGGUGGGCUCAUCUCAGCCAGGAAUUUCAACUGCCCAAACUGGAGGGCAGAAUCGUGGAAUUAAUCCCAUCCAAAUGUUGGGCUCAUCUCACCCAGGAAAUUCAACUGCCCAAACUGGAGGGCAGAAUCGUGGAAUUAAUCACAUCCAAAUGCUGGGCUCAUCUCAGCCAGGAAUUUCAACUGCCCAAACUGGAGGGCAGAAUCGUGGAAUUAAUCCCAUCCACAUGCUGGGCUCAUCUCACCCAGGAAUUUCAACUGCCCAAACUGGAGGGCAGAAUCGUGGAAUUAAUCACAUCCAAAUGCUGGGCUCAUCUCAGCCAGGAAUUUCAACUGCCCAAACUGGAGGGCAGAAUCCUGGCAUGAACCACUUCCACAAUAUGGGCUCCUCUCAGCUAACACCAGGUCUCGGUCCAGAAUAUCCUACUAUUUAUGAUGGCCUUGGCAAACAAUAUUCAAUCAUACCAAGAAGUAACGGGUCUGCCGGUGUAACGCCUAGACGUCAUUCGGUACCAGCCGAUCGAAGGAAAAUGAUAUUUUCCAACAUUCCGAAAAAACCGGAUUUCGAAAUGAACGUGAUCGGGGUCGAAACUGUCGACCGUACAAACCCAAGAGCUCCAACCAAAAUGGAGGAGAAGAUUCUCCAAUCGAAAGGAUUGGGAAUCAAACAAGUUACUUUUUGGGAAACAGACCAAUCCACUACCGUCGACUGGCGUAUUAAAGAAGUAUUUCCAAUCUUCAGAAGUUUGAAAGGAGGUCUCAAAAUGUGGGCAUUUGGUGGAGGUAAUAGUUUGUCUCUAUACGAGUUGGGCUCCCCUAUUGUUAACGGCUCCAUACUGAAGGGCUGCUCCCGUCGAAUCGUGGUUUCACCUCGCAGAGAGGAUGAACAAUUAGGCCUACCCAAAACAGUUGAGAUGAGCCAGAUAAUGGCUCAAUGCGAACAUUGCGGCAAAGAAUACGAUUUGGCCAUUUUAGAUACGCACGAAAUGGAAUGCGCAUGUAAUGUAAAUGAGGAUUAUGGAGCCGAGACCAAAUUGGUGAAAAAGACCCGAUACGAAGACGAGAGUGAAAAGUACGACAUGCCUAACACCAGAUCGAAAAGUGUCACCCGUGGAUCUUGUGCUGGCAAUUCGUGUACAACGUCAUCGGAUAUAUCUCCUAUUGCUGGGCCGUCUGGUAGGGAUUUACUUUCAUCUCUUCCGAAACCUCCUACUGAAGGAUACUCUGUCGCCGAUCCGUCCUCUUACCCAAGCCAAUUUUCACCAUCAACGAAUUCGGAUUCUGAUGUCGAUGGAAUCGACACCUUACUCAAACAUAAAAGUGAAGUAAUGUUUGCGGAUCACAGUGAAAUUUUCGAUUCUGAUUCUGAGUUUAAAAAUGAACUGGUCAUUCGCCGAAGCCAUCUUUAUGAAGAUUGUAUUGCCGCAGUCGGAAACAAGAAUUUCAUAGAAAAGAUAAAGUUCCCCCUCAUCAUCACUUUCGUAGGUGAGGCGGGUUCGGAUUACGGAGGAUUGAGAACGGACCUUAUUACGAGAAUGUAUGAUAGCAUGGAAGAAACAAUGGAACUCGUUCAUGUCUCCUAUAUUUCAUCCUGUGAGAAUGGAGAAGACCGCGAAACGAAAAAGGAGAAUUACUCAAUCCUCUACGCUUAUGGAGUAUGGUGCGCCGUUGGUAUUGUUCAACUUCGAAUCUGUUCCCCGUUCAUCUUACAAUGGUAUGAUGCGUUUCCGGACGAUCAUCCGUUUAAAGAGGGCUUGAGCAUUUUGGAUGUGGAUGGAUUGCUUAAGCGUAAAGGAAUACGGCAAUUGUUUCAGGCAAUCAAAUUAUCCUCGACAGAGUUUGAAAAUCUGUUGGAACCUGCAGAAGAACCUGCAGAAAACCCUUUUCAACGUUUUUCGGAGGAAAGAGCUCUCGAUGAGUUCCUGUCUUUUGUGCGAAGAAUUGAAGAUGGCCGUAUCAAAGGAAAAGAUAGCGACGGCAAUGAAUUGACAGUAGCUUCUGUUUAUCGGUUCAUCACAGCGUCCAAGAUUGUGCCUAGAGUACGUAAGGAAAAGUUAGCAUACAAGUUUGUGUUAAGUAAAAAAAAUAUCUUGACACGACCUGAAGCGUCGACUUGUUUUCAUAAUUUUUCGAUUCCUAUUACAUCUUCGCAAAACGAAAUGGAUAUGUUGUGGCUGAGUGCCUUGACAGAGACGGAUGGCAGCUACCAUAAGACCUAGGUCUUAUGGUAGCUGCCACCAAAAGACAACAAUUGUUGUCUUUUGGUGGUUAUUUUUUGUGUUUUACUACUAAGCUGAUUGUGAAUGAUUUGAUCGUUGGUUUGCAAUGAGAUACGUUGAGGAUUAUCAUCUUCAACUCAACUUUAUUAUUCGGAACUAAUUUUUAUGUACGGGAGUUGGUUACUUCACUCAUUUUAUUCGUUUUACGUUUUAACUGUUCUUCAUUCUUUUUGCUCAUGUGACUUUACAAAGGAAAAGAAUGUACUCCCAUAUAUUCAAUUAAAUCUGGAAAAACCCGUUUGCAUACACAGAAUUCAAAAGUUCAAA